GUGUGAGCAUCGGUGUGAGCAUCGGUGUGAGCAUCAGUGUGAGCACCGCCCGGCUCCAUCGCCUCCCGGCGCAGCCCCCAUCCCACGUGGCCAUGCCGAUCCUCAAGCAGCUCGUGUCCAACUCUGCCCAUUCCAAGCGGCGCUCGCGGGCAGACCUGACAGCCGAGAUGAUCAGCGCGCCGCUGGGUGACUUCCGGCACACCAUGCACGUGGGCAGAGCCGGCGAUGCCUUCGGCGACACCUCCUUCCUCACCAGCAAGGCCGGGGAGCCGGGCACGGAGCCGGCCGAGGAGCCGGGAGCCUCCAAGCCCGGCCUGCUGUCCCGGCGCUUCCGCGGCAGCAAGCGCUCGCAGUCGGUGACACGUGGGGAGCGCCGGGACGUGCUGGGCUCGCUGCGGGACUCGGCGCUGUUCGUGAAGAACGCGGUGUCCCUGCCCCAGCUCAAUGAGAAGGACGUGGACCGGAGCUCAGCACAGCUGCCCAAGAGCCUCUCCUCCAGCCCCGUCAAGAACCUGCCCCAGGAGGGCAGCCCCGAGGAGCAGCAGCACCAGAACGGGGCGGCCGCGGGGCCGCUGAGCCCUGGCUUGGACGAGCGUGACUUUGGGGACAUCACGGAGCUGCCUGUGGUCAUGGGCAGGAGCGGGGCCGGCAUGAAGCAUGCAGAGUCCAUCAUGUCCUUCCACAUCGACCUGGGGCCCUCCAUGCUGGGAGAUGUCCUGAGCAUCAUGGAUAAGGAGCAGUGGGAGCAGGAUGAAGACCCUGAGGCGGAGGAGGAGGAAGAGGAGGAGGAGGAUGCUCCCACCCUGCCUGGCUCCCAGGCUGCACUCCCAAUGACCCAGAGCCCGUCCCAUGGUGUUCGCUGCCUCUCCAGGGACAGCAGUUUGGGGCCAGAGGAGCGCAGCCCCGUUCCUGUGCCCCUGAGCCAGCGGGGGGGGCCCCCAAAACGCCCCGACAAGGAGUUCUCAUUCGCUGAUGAAGAUGAUGAUGAGAUCAGAGUAUAAGAGGCAGGUGCUGAGGACUCUGGUUCUCAUCUGCGGUGGUUGGACAUGGGGCUGAAUGUCCCAGUGCUGCACUGGCUGGCACUGGGGGGACUCAACUCAUGCCUCCUUCCCUCUCCCCAUCCCAGCAGGACAGUGCUCAGCUCCUGGGAAUGGGGGCACCGACAUCCUGGGGAGCUCUGGCACAUCCCAGGAGGGGAGAUCAGACUGUUCCAGUUCCUUCUGUUGGACUUUGGAUAUUAGCUUUUCUUCUGCCCCCUCUUGCCCAUGUAAAGCAGUAUAGGGUCGGCCAGGACGAGGCUUCCAAGUUUUAGCCCCUUUAGUAAUAUAUCUAUUUUUUUCCACCGUACAUUUUUACUGCUCCCUGAUUUGUACUUAACUUUCCUUACUCUUGCUUUUGGUUCUAAUGGAGGGGAGGUUUCCCAUGAGGAAGGACUUGGCUCGGGAGCUCAGAUGAGGCUCUGACUCCCUGCGCUUCAUGGGGACAUCUGACAGACCAAGAGCCUCCAGCCCUGUGCUGUGAUGGGGGCUCGCUCCCAUCCCUCCGAUGGAUGGAUGGAUGGAUGGAUGGAUCCAUCCCGGAUGCUUGACACUACAAAUGGGGACAUGCCCCUGGCCAUCCCUGCCACCGGCUGCUCCCAGGGAUGCUGAUGGGAGCGUGGCUCUGUCCCCCGUGAGCCAGGCUGAGCCCUGCUGUGUCCAUGCUGGGCAGCCGCUGCUGUGGCAGUGCUGACCCUGGCCUGGUGCAGGCGGCUCAAGAGCAGGUUUUAUACCAUGUAUGUACAAAUGGAAAGAAUAAAAGGAUCCGGUAGUGA